AAAUCUCUCUUCCCAAGUUUCCUUCUCCUCCAUCUUUUUCAUUGACUGGAGAACCUUAUUCCACCCGCCACUUGCUUGCUCACUUGCUCCUUUCAUCAAUCGAUAACGAGCCCACUCAUCACAAAGCUUUCCUUCCAUCUUCCCCUGCACAGCCCCCGAAGUGAGGAGCCGACAAGAUGGAUAGCAUGUCAAACAUCAUUCGCCUUGUGAAUCUCGGCGUGGGGGUGAUUAUGGUGCUUGGAGGAAUCUCGCAGUUCUUUCCUAUGAAGUUGCAGAGCAUUAUUGUCGGAUGCUACGUUAUCGUGUUUGGUCUUGUCACUGCAUUACUGGAGUUCCAGAUUCCUCCACAAACGUCAAGAUAUGCGUCGUUCCUGUUCUCGUUCCUUGGUCGCGGUGUUUUCUACAUCUUUGUCGGUAGUAUUUUGAUUCACGACAGUAUUUUGAGGAUCAUCGCUGGGUCCAUCAUUGGGCUCGUCGGCGCUAUCUAUGUUGGCCUGGAGUUCGUGCCGUCCAUUGAGCCGCCAGAGAACAUGAGGAGCUCCGAAUGGGAUGGCGAGCAGGUUUAGGGCCAUUGCGAAUGAUAUCCUGUUAUAUUGAGACGAGGGACUGCUGUGCGGGAUAUGGGAUUAUGGUCAUCGGGGCAGAGACGGAUGCUAUGCGGGGAUGGGACGAGCGAAUGGUGGGGAUGUAGCGAUAGGCACAGAAGGAAACGAACAGUGGUCGGAGGAAUUCUAAUGGGUUUACUUGUCUACUUUUUAUUAUUGCAAUGGUUUGGUGGGCAAGGGCGGAGGCGCCGUUGGCUAUUUAUUGGAUUAGGAUGCGUUUACGGUUUUAUAUUGUCUUUUGGGCUUGGAGGGUUGGGGAAUCAUUUGGGCCCUUCGGAGCCGUGGUUUGCCGAGAAUACCAGGUUUGCACUUGAUUGAAAUGGAGAGGGGCUGCGCUCCUCCAUUGGCUUGCCCAAGACUUGGAUGUAGCCAUACAAGUAGUUCUAGGAUUACUCGUGUGAUAUCAAAUCAGCUCUUGGGGAGCCUCAUGUAUGAUAGUAUUAGUCCGGUCUACACUUGCUCCCG